AUGGCCAUCUGCAACAAUCAUCCAAACCAUGAGCUUCCAAUAAUGGAAGAAAAAGAUCAAGUAGCUAUAAUAAUGGUGCCAUUUCCUGCUCAAGGCCACCUCAAUCAGCUUCUGCAACUCUCCUGCUUAAUAUCCUCAUAUAAGAUUCCGGUUCACUACAUCGGCUCCACCACCCACAACCACCAAGCAAAACUCCGCGUCAACGGAUUAAACCCUCAAGAUGUAGAUAAGAUCCGUUUUCAUGAUCUUCCUACGCCACCAUUUGUCUCUCCUCCUCCAAAUCCAGACUCGUCAAAUAAAUUCCCUGCACAUAUGCAACCAGCGUGGAAUGCCUCAACGAACCUGCGCCAAUCGGUUUUUGAGUACUUACUAGAUAUAUCCUCUAUGGUGAGAAGGAUUAUCGUUGUUCACGACUCUCUUAUGGCCUCUGUAGUUCAGGAUAUUGCAACAAUUCCGAAUGCAGAAUCCUAUGUAUUCCACUGCACCUCAACGUUCACGCAGGCCUCUAUUGUAUGGCAAGGGAUUGGUAAACCGUUCCCAGUAGAACUACCAAAAGAGCUUCCCUCUUUUGAAGGAUGUUCAACCGAUGAACUUAUAGAAUUUGCACUUUUACAGUUUAAGCAUUUGGAUAUCAGAGCUGGAGAUAUAUACAAUACCAGUAGAAUUAUAGAAGGAACUUACGUUGAUCUAUUGGCAAGGGAAGAGAUUGUUGGGAGCCGGAAGGCUUGGGCAGUCGGACCAAUUCUUCCGUUGAAAUUAUACUCGAAUAGCCAGCAUAAAUGUUUAGAAUGGCUUGACAAACAAGAUCCAAAAUCUGUUAUCUACAUAUCUUUUGGGACGACGGUUUCAAUGUCAGAUGAAGAAAUCAAAGAGCUCGCGAUGGGACGAGCUGAGUUACCUGAAGGAUUCGAGGAGAGAACACGAGGAGUGGGAAUGGUGGUGAGAGAUUGGGCUCCACAACCAGAAAUUCUGGCUCAUCCAUCUACUGGUGGAUUUAUGAGUCAUUGUGGAUGGAAUUCUUGCAUAGAAAGUAUUACAAUGGGAGUGCCAAUAGCGGCCUGGCCAAUGCACUCCGACCAGCCUAGAAACGCCAUGUUCAUAACAGAUAUAUUGCAGAUCGGUAUUCUUGUAAGGGAAUGGACACAGCACGAGGAACUAGUGAAAGCAUCGAUGAUUGAGAAUGUUGUGAGAAGACUGAUGGCAUCAGACGAAGGAAUUGAGAUAAGGAAGAAGGCAGAAGAAGUAGCUGAUGCUGUUAGGAUGUCAACUGAGGCAGGUGGGGUGUCUCGAAAGGAAUUGGAUUCAUUCAUUGCCCACAUCACUAGAUAA